CCGACUGCCCUUUAAAUGCUCGCGCAGGGCUUUAAAUAGCAGGUGCUCGAACCCGUCUCCCAUCACACACACAUCACCAUCAUCAUCACCGCUGUAAUGUCCACCGCCAGCGCCGAGACGACCGCGCAGCUGCCCUCGGCGGCGGGCCGAGUGUUCUUUCAGUCCGGCGUGGGUUGCGCCGGUUCCGCUCCGCUGCAGAGGGAUGACCCGGUGCCGAAGAAGCAGGGCAAAGUGACGGUGAAGUACGACCGCAAGGAGCUGCGGAAAAGACUCGUGCUGGAGGAAUGGAUCAUUGAACAGCUGAGCGAACUGUAUGACUGCGAGGAAGAGGAAAUGCCAGAGGUGGAGAUAGACAUCGAUGACCUGCUGGAGGUUAACAGUGAAGAUGAAAGGGCUGUAAAACUACAGGAAUCACUGUCAGACUGCUUCAAACCCACCGAUGAAUUUGUGCGCGAGCUGCUUGGUAGGAUAAGAGGAAUGAGAAAACUCAGCGCUCCUCAGAAGAAGAGCUUUUAAGUGCUUGAAAAUGCCAACGACAAUCCAGCUACCUGGACUAUAAGUCAUCGCUCAGCCUCACAGCAUACAGAACACCAUGAUGCAUUUCUCAUCAAUAUACCAGAAUUUAUUUCCCAUGGACCCAUAUACUGCAUCACACAAAAACAUCAACAUUUGUUCAGACUUCAAACUUAAAUUCAGUGGUAAGCCAUGUAUGUGUUUUCGGAUGUUACCCAUAAUUCAGGCAAUAAAUCUUUCAAAGUGCAUCCAGGACACAAUUUCAGUAAAAAUUUGGGAUGAUGUAUAGGCACAACUUCUCUGUAAGUCUUCUUGGCCCUCUCCCCGGUUGGUUUAUAUUCAGAUGCAGUAGUACAGUAUAGUAGCAGUGUUUUUAUGACACUACAACUGAAUGCAAAGCUAUUUUAUGUAUUGUUUAUAUUGUUUUUCUAUUUUGUCACACUUUUUUAAGUCCUGUAAGAAUUUUUUUAGAUAUCUGAUCUUGGUUCAGUAGUCAUUUAACAAUAAAUGUCUAGCUUUAUUUUGAUGUCAUUCUUUUGCGCACGCUAAACUUCAGCAAAGAGCAUGAUGGGAUUUGUAGUCUUUCAUAGGGCCAGUAUCAAAUAUAUGGUGUUUGUGUAACGUUGAGUUAAAAGUCAUAUAAUUGGCUGUAAUACAUAUCAGUAGGACUGGGCAAAAAAUUUAUUUUUCGAUUAAUCGCUUUUUUUACGUGGUCGAUUCAAAAUCGAUUCUCAAAGGCCAUGAAUCUAUUUUUUUUUUCAUAUUUAUUUUGGCAAACAUUAAACGUAAGAUUAAUGUUAAUCUAAUUACUAGUCUUCUUCACUAGAUGUUACCCUCUUUUUUGCCUUGCGCGAUGUUACCAAGAAGCGAGAGGCGAGCCUGUCAUUCAUUCAUUCAUUCAUUCAGUGCUUAAAAUUGCGCUUUCAGGUGCUUUCUUCGAUGUUGAUGCCACCUUUACAUAAAAAGUCAGAGGUAUAGAAGCAUUUUAGAUUUCGCAAGAAAGACAACGACGAUAGUGUUUUGGCUUUUAUUUAAUUUUAAUUAAUUACCCACUUGUUAACUCCUAUAGUAUUAAAUCUAUUGAGUUGAAUCGAGAACCGAGAAUAAAAAUCGCCCCGAGAACCAGAAUCGAAAAUCAAACCGAGAACUGAAUCGAUAGAUUGUGAAUCGAAAUCGAAUCAAUCUGGAACAUCUUACUCAAUACCCAGCCCUACAUAUCAGUCGAUCAACCAUCAUAUUGUUUUAUUAAUUGUGAAUUUUUUUUCAAGAAUUUCAAACAUUUUUGCAACGUUUGUGACUAAAUUAACUGUACGUUAGUAUGAAUUUUAUGAGUUGGCUAAUUCAUACGAAGAGAAUCAUACAAAAACGUACGAUUAUUAUAAAAAAACAAUAAUGAAACCCCGCCCCUAAACAUUUCAGGGGUGAAAGCAAAUCAUACAAAAAUGUCCAAAUGUGGCCGUAUGAAUUAAUACGAAUAAGCCACCUUGUUGGUUCGAACUUAGAAGGUCAAAUCAAGAGCAUUGCAUUGUGGGAUACAGUGUACCAUGCAGUCAACUCUACUGUAUACUUGACAAAUGAAGAUCAUCUAUGUACACCAUGCAUGAAAAAAUGUGCACACUACAUACUGCAGAAUUAAAGUAGUAUGAUUGUGUGAUAUUUUGAACAUGGUGUCCUAUUUAAAUGAUCCUAGAAGACAACAAGGGCUGCUUGACUAUUUAUAAAUUGUAAUGAUCAUUAAUGAUAAUGAUAGCUGGAUGAGACAUUUCAUCGGAUGGCUCGAGUCAUUAAUGAAAAGCGUUACAAUCUUCAUUUUACAGUUUCACACAGAGGCUGCCAAAGAAUAAAGAACAGUCAAAUA